GGUUGGUGUUGGUUGGACUCGGUCACUACAUCCAAACUAACCGCCCAAACAAUCUCUCUACCUUUCUCCCUACCCCUCCCUCCCAAUUCUCUGCUCAUCAAUCGCCCCAAUUUCCAAUGGGUUCAAAGAUGCCGACCUCAACGACCAACAAUACCGCUGCAGGCUCAAUCCUUCCCGCUCCGACAGAGUCUUCUCCGCUCCUUAGAGCCCGCUACUCGACGGGAUAUAACGAACCGAUCCCUGGUCUGUCGCCCGCGUCUCCCGGGUCGAGCUCCUGGACCCGUUACAUCACCACUCAGCCGAGUUCAGCACCAGAGAGUCACGAGUUCACAGAAAUGCCUGCGUUAAUGAGUUUUAUUAGUCUAUUGCCCCCUCCAAGGGAAAUAUCUUAUGACAAAAUGGAACGUCUGACCUUCUUUGCGAUAGCCCACAGCUCUUCAUACGAGGAAAAUAGUCCGAGGAAGACGUCCUUUCUGCUUGCGGCCCUAUUAUGGUUAUAUCUCCAUCCCACAUCCUCCUUACGAGACCCUCUUGGCGAUCAGGGUGUCACCGGAACUUGGGACUUUUGGAAGAAGAGGGAAGAUGAAUUGAAGGGCAGAAGGGGAGAAGCUUGGAGGCAAGGAGGAAGUGUCGAAGAAGUUUUGUGGACAGAGAUCCCGAUGGAGGAGAAUGGUAGACAAACAAUCAGAGACCCUUUGGACAGUCAUCGACUUGGCCGUCGCCCAAGACGCACCUGUCUGGUUCCUUUCACAUCCCUUGGUGACAAUCUCUCUACGCCUUACAUGGUCACAUGGAAUUCCAGGUCCUACGACUGCGCAGAGCACUUGGCUAUACCUUUCAAUAUAACGCCCACACUAUCGGUGCUGCCAUAUAUAUUCGUCGCAUCUGGAAUAUUAUUGGCCUAUCCUGGUAUCCCGACUCCAAAUACCAACACACAUGCUCUUUUGCUGCUCUCAUUGUCGUUGGUAUGUCAUGAUUGCAUGCGUUCUAUGGUCGAUAAGCUGACCACCACUCUCGUAAAAGGUCUCUUGAAGCGGGCUGUUCGGCCUGGCAUGUUCUUUUUUGGCCCGGUUGUAGUAUUGGUUGGGAUGUUGUUGGCAGGGGCACUUGGGGACCAUUUCCCUCUGGUGGGGCUGCAGGUCGGAAAUCUUAUCAUGAAAUUAUUCACUGAACCAGACGUCCAACGGCCUAAUCAUGUUGAAGAAUCACUAAAUCAUAUUGAGGUGCUUUUGGGACCCUCCCAUCCUCAGACUCGGAUCACACUUUUACUCUUGUUUCUUUCAUCAUUGGCGGCAAUGUUUACCCUCAUCAACUGUCUUGUGACGCUGUUUCCGGGAAGUGUGAGCUCCAAGGGAGUCCUCGAGAAUAUAGACGAAUACGAAGACUAUCAUUUGGAUCCAAAACACGACGUACAACCACCUCAUGUAGCUUCCUCUAGUGCUCCCGGAGGAAGAAACGGAGGAGAAGGCUGGAAACUCCAGUCCAGUGUCACUUCAACCAUUUUGGAAGAGAGAUACCGACUAUUUGGUCCUAGUCCGAGCGGAUUGGUUGGUGGGGGUCCAUGGGAGAGAUAUGGCCCCGCAACCGCAAUUUCUGCAAAACGUAGUUUUGCUAAUGUGAUACGGCGGUAUCAACACCUACGACUGAUUACGGUCACUCAUGAAGCUCUUGUCGAUAGUACGUCAAGGAGUAGAGGAAGCGUCUCUAUUCGCAAGCCGUGCGGAAGAAUCGUUCUACCUCCUGUUUUCAAUGCCCUCGCAUGGAUCCUAGGGGCCAUACCUGCCACUAUUCUCCGUUUAUUCACGGACCCAUCACCUGUUAAUACAGCGGCUGGGAUGGAAGCUGGAAGGUCGCAUGGGGUCGAUGCAACUCUGGCAGAGGUGGAUGAAGGGGACAUCGCUGGUGUACAAGGGACCUCUGGUUCUGGACAACGAUGGAGAGGAAACUAUCUCAAUAAAACGGCGGAGAGGGGUGUGGUUUUGGAAGUAGUAAUGGUUGAGGCCGACAAGAAAAGAAGUGAAGAAGCCAUAAGAGGUGUUAUGAGCAGAAUGAUAUAUGACUCGACAUUGGGCCCAACCACUACUCCAGGGAUAAAAGGGCAGCGCUUGAUUCCAAAGCCCCAGUCUCAGCCUAACACCCACCACCAUCGCCAAACUCUCCUUAUUUUCAUUCGACCACAAAUAUGGCAGCGUCACAAUCUACUCAGCCGAGCAGUACCGGGUCUACCGUAUGGAAUCGCAGUAGCAUUCAAACGCAAGUACCCCGAAGCUUAUGAGAUAUAUCAUAAUGCUUGUUUGGAGAAAGGGAGCGAUUUACUUGGUACUUGUCUACUCAUUCCCGCUGGACAAAGAGAUAUUGCUUGCCUAUUCACCUCAGAAAGAUACGGAAGGCACACAGAUCCGAAAGCAAAAAUACUGCGAAGUACGAGAUCGGCUGUACAAGAUUUAAUGGGGCAAACUCAGGGGAGCGAUAAGCCAAUGUAUGGGUGGUGA